CCACCGAAAAGUUUGCCCGGGGCUCCCUUGCCGGGCACCCAAUGCCCCCGCAAAUUGCCGUUUGGCUCCCCGAGAAGACGAAGGAGUACGAAGAAGAAGAAGAAGAAGAAGCAGCAGCAGCAGAUGAGAUGAGCAAAGUGGAACUUCUCCAUUGCAGACUUCUUCUUCAACUGGCAGUUCCUUCUCCGAUGUUCCUCUCUUCUCUGCUCGACCUGAGCUGAAACGUAGCCCCCGCUCUCAGGCUUCUGUUCCAUACCAGAGAUAAUGGCGUUUUCAUCACGUCACAUCUUCAGUGACGUGCGUGGUGCUUUCCCCUGUGAGGCACUGGCUCUGCUAUCGCCAAACUCGGUGACCCAGAACUUCCCUCGCUCUGUCAGAGCUGCUCGCAGCAGUUGGUCCCGGAGCUCGUUCAAGCGCUCUCGCAAUCGUUCCCAGGCCGAUUUCGUUGCUUCCACUGCUCGGUCGGGGGAUAAACCGACGGUGAGGGACAGUAACGAAGACCGCGCCCUCGCUGAUGUCAUCCUAGAUGCCGCUGACGACAGGGAGGAGGUUGUAGACCGACCACCAAAGGCACCGGAACGAGAUUUUACAGGCACGGCAUAUGUUCCUGUUUAUGUGAUGUUGCCACUUGGUGUCAUCGACAUGGAGUGUGAGCUGGUUGAUCCUGAUGGUCUGCUAGAUCAGCUAAAGAUAUUGAAGUCUGUUGAUGUUGAUGGGGUCAUGGUUGACUGCUGGUGGGGCAUAGUCGAGGCAGCUGCUCCACAAGCAUAUAACUGGAAGGGCUACAGAAAGCUAUUUCAGAUGGUCCGGGAUCUGAAGCUAAAGUUGCAGGUUGUGAUGUCGUUUCAUGAAUGUGGUGGCAAUGUUGGUGAUGAUGUGCACAUUCCACUCCCAUCUUGGGUAACUGAAAUUGGUAAAAUGAAUCCUGACAUCUUCUUUACGGACAGAGAUGGAAGGCGCAACUCUGAAUGCCUCACAUGGGGCAUUGACAAGGAACGUGUUUUGAGAGGUCGGACAGCUGUAGAGGCUUAUUUUGAUUACAUGAGAAGCUUCCGCGUUGAAUUUGAUGAGUUCUUUGAGGAUGGAAUCAUUUCAGAAAUUGAAAUUGGACUUGGUCCGUGUGGGGAGCUGCGUUACCCUUCUUAUCCUGCAAAACAUGGUUGGGAAUACCCAGGCAUUGGUGAAUUUCAGUGCUAUGAUCAGUACUUGAUGAAGAGUCUUAAAAGGGCAGCAGAACUGAGGGGACACUCCUUUUGGGGGACAGGACCAGACAAUGCAGGUUCUUAUAAUUCCCGACCCCAUGAGACUGGGUUCUUUCGUGAUGGAGGUGAUUAUGACAGUUACUAUGGGAGAUUCUUCCUCAACUGGUAUUCUCGAGUCUUGAUUGAUCAUGGUGAUCGUAUACUUGCUCUGGCUAAUUUGGCUUUUGAAGGCUCUUGUACGGCUACAAAAUUAUCCGGAAUUCAUUGGUGGUACAAGACAGCUAGUCAUGCCGCUGAGUUAACUGCCGGGUUCUACAACCCGAGCAAUCGGGAUGGUUAUGCCCCAAUUGCAGCAAUGCUGAAGAAGCAUGAAACUGCCCUAAACUUCACGUGUGUUGAACUUCGCACAUUGGACCAGCAUGAGGGAUUCCCAGAGGCAUUGGCAGAUCCCGAGGGAUUAGUUUGGCAGGUGUUAAAUGCUGCAUGGGAUGUUUCUAUACCAGUUGCUAGUGAGAAUGCUCUUCCAUGCUAUGAUAGAGAAGGCUAUAACAAGAUUUUAGAAAAUGCUAAACCGAGGAAUGAUCCGGAUGGGCGGCAUCUAUCUGCUUUCACGUAUCUUAGGCUCAGCCCGGUUCUCAUGGAGAGACUCAACUUGAUGGAGUUUGAACGAUUUGUCAAGAGGAUGCAUGGGGAAGCCGUUUCGGAUCUUCAACUCAGGGCAGAAUGAGGGAAGCUGUAUCUUCAGGACACCUAUGUAUAAGAUCGGCUAUGAAGACUAAUGGCCUUUGGAACUACUUUAAUCGUGGAAGCUAGGUCCCCGAAGUACGUUUGUCUGCUUAGUUGAACCUACAGCGAUUGACGAGGAAGAGCAUCAAUAUUAGUGGAGUAAGUUUUGCAGAAUAAGUUUGUGUUGUACAUGAGUGUCGAAAAGCUCUGUACCUGUAUUGUUAUCUACUAAAUCAGAUAAAUCUCGAACUGUAAUUUAUAAGUUGUAUAAGCUAAGGCAAUUGGUCUCAGGAAGUUCAAUCCAUAAUCUAAUUGGUUCAAUUUUUACGAGGAGAA